AUUACAGAAAACACUAAUACAGUUGUUGACUCUUUUCUUAUAGUUGAGCUGGGAUCAUAGUUGGUUUCAUGUUGGUCUUGUAGUUAGAUAUGGUCUGAUUUUUGUUUCCUUGGCCAAAUGCAUCCACUCAAUGAACUCUGAAUGACUGUGUCAAAGAUUAACAUGGAAAAGUAUGAUUUACAAAUAUAAAAUCUAACCUGUAGUGGGUCUGUCUCCACCAGAGCCUCAGUACUGUUGUUUCUUGCUCGUUGGAGAUUACUGCAUACACCUCUUGUCUUUCAGAAUGAAAAACACAGACUUCAAAACAACUCAAGGCUGCUCGUGCUGCUGUUGGAGACAGACAGGAUGUGGAUGACAAAUGUUGUAGCUCUGUGCCUCCUGGGCCUGGUGUCCUCCGCAGAGGACAAGAAACUGAGCAGCCACGCUACCACGCUGGCUGAUAACAGCGCCAACCUGGCCUUCAGCCUGUACCACAACAUGGCAAAGGAGAAGGGAGUGGAAAACAUCCUGAUCUCUCCUGUGGUUGUUGCUUCUUCUCUGGGUCUGGUGGCUCUGGGAGGAAAAGCAUCUACUGCGUCUCAGGUCAAAACUGUUCUGAGCGCAGACAAGCUGAAGGAUGAGCACCUGCACGCGGGUCUGUCAGAGCUGCUCUCUGAGGUGAGUGAUCCCAAGACCCGUAACACCACCUGGAAGAUCAACAACCGUCUGUAUGGCCCCAGCUCUGUGUCCUUCGCUGACGACUUUGUGAAAAGCAGCAAGAAACACUACAACUAUGACCACACAAAGAUCAACUUCAGAGACAAGAGGAGCACCCUGAACUCCAUCAACGAGUGGGGAGCAAAGUCCACAGACGGGAAGCUGCCUGAGAUCACCAAAGACGUGCAGAACGCAGAUGGAGCGAUGAUUGUCAACGCCAUGUUCUUCAAACCCCAUUGGCAUGAGAAGUUCCAUGAGAAGAUGGUGGACAACCGUGGUUUCCUGGUCACUCGUUCAUUCACAGUGUCAGUUCCCAUGAUGCACCGCACUGGCCUGUACGACUUCUAUGAGGACACUGAGAACAAACUGUAUGUCCUGAACAUGCCUCUGGGACAGAAGCAGACGUCGAUGAUCUACAUUAUGCCCUAUCACCUGGAGCCUCUGGAGCGACUCGAGAAGCUGCUGACGAGGAAACAGGUGGACACUUGGCUCAGUAAGAUGGAGAACAAGGCUGUGGCCAUCUCCCUGCCCAAGAUUUCUCUGGAAGUCAGCCACAACCUGCAGAAACAUCUCGCCGAUCUGGGUCUGACCGAGGCUGUCGACAAAACCAAAGCAGAUCUGUCCAACAUCUCCGGAAAGAAGGACUUGUACCUCUCCAAUGUCUUCCACGCUUCUGCAUUCGAGUUUGACGUUGGCGGAAACCCGUUUGACCCGAGCAUCUUUGGCAACGAGAAGCUGAGAAAUCCCAAACUUUUCUACGCAGAUCACCCCUUCAUUUUCCUCAUCAAAGACAACAAGACCAACUCAAUCUUGUACAUCGGACGAGUCGUUAGACCAAAGGGGGACAAGAUGCGUGAUGAGUUAUAGUGUCUGGAUGUUUUUGGGUAGCUUUUUCUAAUGAAACUAUGACAGGACGUUGUUUUAUGUUUGUGGUUUUACUGUUACCUCACCUUCCGAUAGGCAAAACUGUGGAACUGACAGCAUCGCUUUACACAUACAUCUGAUCAAGAGGUCCAUUAAGAAAAGGCUGAGCUGAAAAUGCUUAUAUUAAGUAUGGCCUCUUCCUAUGACAUACUGUUUUGCAAUCAAUGGUCCAGUGGUGUCCAAUUCAGGUGCGUUUUUCUUGCAUUAUCUUUAACGUUUAAAGAAAAA